AUGGCCAACGACGGGAAUGCUCCGCGCGUCGCCACGGAUAACAGCAUCGACACCAGCAACAGUAACAAUACCGGCAAUAGUACCACUUCCUCGCCCUCGCCCUCACGAUCCACCGGUCACCAGCAGCAUCGUCCCGCACAGCCAUCGCAUCUGCGACAAUCUCACAUGCCGCCGUCGUCUCCCGAGGCCAGUCGCACCCAACCCGAUGCGCCGGAGGACGGGGCGGAGGACGGGACGGAGGCUCAAGAUCACGGCGGAGUAGCAGAAGGAACACAGGACAGCACUGAUGUACAAGCAUCGCUACUAGCAAACUACGGCGCGGCGACUACCGAAAGGAACAACGCAGCGGAGCCGUACGUGUUCAGACAUCGUCCCAGAUAUGCCCAAGGAUACGGCAGCUUCUCUAGCAGCUAUGCACCUACGGAAGCUGGGAGCUUUGAGCAUAGACCGAGUCUCGGUGGACCUUUUAUGAGCCCCGAUGAAGUGGCUAUUAAUCGGACUGGCACCGGGGGCAGCGCGUCUGCCUCCAUCUCAGACAGCCUUCUUGGGCACCCGAAGAAGAAAAGAACGACGCAUUGGCUGGCACGCAAGGCUGGUAUUAGGAGCGAACGAAUGAUGUACAUCCAUUACUACGUACCCAUAACUAACUGGAUACGCCAAUAUCGGUGGAGGUUUGUCAAAGGAGACUUCAUCUCGGCAUUGACCAUGUCGAGCUUCUACAUUCCUAUGGCACUUUCGUAUGCGUCCAACUUGAGUCAUAUGCCGCCAAUUAAUGGCCUGUAUGCUUUCGUGUUCAACCCAUUCAUCUACGCCAUGCUCGGAACCUGUCCGCAAAUGGUUGUUGGACCAGAGGCCGCUGGCUCUCUCCUCGUGGGAAGUGUUGUUGCUGAAGCGAUCAAGGCCGGCAAGUUUGCCCACGAUGAUGGGAUGAAAGCUGGGCAGGUCGGAGGCAUGGUGACGGGCAUGGCCGGGGCGAUUAUUCUUCUCGCUGGCUUGCUCCGCCUGGGUUUCCUCGACAGCGUGCUCUCUCGGCCGUUCUUGCGCGGAUUCAUCAGCUCCAUUGGCUUGGUCAUCUUCAUCAACCAGUUGGUCCCAGAGAUGGGACUUGACAAAGCUGCCGAGCACUCCACCAAGGCGCACGGCUCUCCGCUGGAAUCUCUCAUUUUCAUGAGUGAAAACCGAGACAAGAUCAGUAAGCUCACCGCUGCAGUGAGCUUCAGCGCAGUGGGGAUCAUUCUAGUCCUACGAGAGCUGAAGCGACGUUUGCAGCCCCUCCCUCGCCUAGGAUGGGUGGUGUACUUUCCCGAUCGCUUCAUCAUCGUCGUCCUCUCUGCAAUUCUGACAUGGUACUUUAAGUGGCACGAGAGAGGUCUGGACAUACUUGGCGACAUACGGGCACCGGCGGGGGUAAAGAUGUUCGAGCCCCACUUCAUCUUUGACAAGUCCAACUUCGAGCAUGUCAGCGACGCCUUCGAAACGGCCUUUAUCGUUGCACUCCUUGGAUUCUUUGAAAGCUGUGUAGCUGCCAAGAGCUUGGGCUCUGGGACAGUGAAUGUUGAAACUGUGCAGAAGACAAACGAUGACGGCUCCGUGGAGGAAGUCGAAGAAGCUGACGGUAUUCGUGGCAUGACUGUUUCGUCUAACAGGGAACUGGUCGCGCUGGGCAUUGCAAACCUCAUUGGAGGCACCUUUAUGGCCAUUCCUGCAUUUGGAGGUUAUGGCAGAAGUAAGGUGAAUGCGAGCACAGGCGGCAGAACUCCGAUGAGCAGCAUAAUGUUGUCACUCAUUACGGUCAUCUGCACGCUGUUCUUGCUGCCUUACUUCUUCUACAUUCCGAAAGGAGUGCUCUCUGCCAUGAUUACAGUCGUGUCGAUAUCUCUUCUCGAAGAGGCACCACACGACAUCAUCUUUUUCUGGAAGAUUGGUGGCUAUCCGGAGCUUUUCCUCAUGCUCCUAAUCUUCUUGACCACGUUCUUUUGGUCACUACGUGGCGGCAUUAUUGUGGGCAUCAUCUUCUCACUGAUUCGCUUGAUGAAGCACGCAACGCGUCCUAGAAUACAGAUUGUUGGCCGCAUACCUGGUACCCGCGAAUUCGACAACGCCGAAACACUUGCGCAGGAGGGACAAGUGGAGCUGAUCCCGCAUUGUCUAAUUGUCAAGAUCCCGGAGCCGCUCACCUUUGCCAACACAGGAUCUCUCAAGGACCGUCUGAAACGCUUGGAAGAUCACGGCACCAAUCUCGCCCAUCCAGCACUACCAAGCGUACGCAGCAAGGAACAUAACAAGAAUGUCAUUUUUGAUAUUCAUGGUGUUACGAGCAUGGACUACGCAGCGACGCAGGUCUUGUACGAGAUCAUUAAGGAUUACAUCGGGCGCGGGACCAUGGUGUUCUUUUGCAGAGCUCCGAGUCGCAAGUCCAAGGUCUGGGAGUUGUUCAAGAAAUCGGGCAUUGUAGAUUUGUGUGGAGGCGAGCACAACUUCUACAGGAAUGUUGACGAGGCCUUGCGAGCUACGGAGAAAACCGGAACCUUUUUCGAAUACGCGAGCCAAAUUCGCGAUGGGUUGUCGCCGGCGGAUGACGCUAGUGCAAGCUUUACAAACGAGGAGACUGCUUCGAGGGGAGGGGAUCACGAUCAUGAAAGAGCGGUUGGUUCGUAA